CGAUUCAUCACUCGCUCCGGUAGUGGCCGAUCGAGGGCCUCGCGCACCUCGGCGGUGGCGCGGGCGUCGUCGUCCGCAGCCUCGGCGGCCAGUCGUCGCGCGAUCGCGAUCGCGAUGAUCCGCAGCCUCGCCUGCCUCUUCGCACUCGCAUCGUUACUCGCAGCCGUCCUCGCCGCCAACCUCACCCUCGCCAAGAAUUACCCAUCGUGGAACGAAACAUGGACGGAUCGACUCAAGCAGAACUUACUUGCCAAGUACGACAAGUUCUCGAGACCGUCGCAGCACUGGAAUACAACAACGGUUAACGUCAAGCUUAAUGUUCAGACCGUCGAGGUGGAUGACAUGAUAAACGUUAUGGCUGCGAACGUCUGGGUCGUAAUGACUUGGAACGAUGAUAAAUUGAAGUGGAACUCAUCGGAUUACGGUGGUCUGAAAACGGUGAAUUUGGGCGCUCACGAAAUCUGGCUUCCCGAUAUAUACUUAUUAAACAGCGCGACGCACGGUAUGGAGUACUACGGUGACAGGCAUUGCAUUGUCAGCGAGCAAGGAAUGGUCCUAUGGGUUACGCCCACCAUAUUUCACGGCUACUGUCAUUUGGAUUUCACUUUCUGGCCCUUCGAAAUGAACACGUGCAGGCUCAGCUUGAGUUCGUGGACAUACGACGGCACCCAAGUGGAUCUGAAAUUGCUUAGUUCCGGCGUCGAUCUAGAUGAUUACGUUGCGAUAAACGAAUGGGUCAUACAGAAUAUAACGGCUAGCCGACGAGAAGAGGUCUUUGACUGCUGUCCCGAGCCUUACGUCACCUUGGACUUUGAAUUCGAGCUUUCGCGCUCCUCCGAACUUUACUAUCACAUUAUCUUCGUACCUACAAUACCAAUCGUAUUCCUAUCGUUAAUCAUGUUUUGGCUGCGACCUCAAAGCGAGAUAAAACUUAUCAUAAACGCCUGCAUUAUUCUCAUCGUCGUGCUCUAUCUAAUUUAUUUUGGAUACAAAGUACCACCACGAUUUGAUAGUAUGCCUAUUAUUGUUAGGUUCUACAGCGCCUGUCUUUAUCAAGCGACCAUAUCGUUGAUUAUUUCCACUCUUGUGAUAAAUAUAAAUAAAUUUGCAUAUUAUACAACUAUUCCACGAGCGAUAAGGCGCUUUCUACUUGGAAAACCAGGAAGAUAUUUAGGUCUCGGGCACAUUAUUCAAGAGAUUGAAUCUCAAAAAUCAGCGACUGAACAAGAAAUGUGCGAGAACCAUUUGAUGGAUAUAUCGAUAUCAACGACAUCCUUUGCGAGCUUCAAUAACAGCCAGCAAUCGUUGACGCCUCCAUCCUCUAGUAAAACCAUCGUGAAUUUGGAAUGGAUGAUCCUUGCAACAGCUAUCGAUCGAUUAGUCUUUCUAAUAUUUUGUCUUGUGUUCAUUAUAAUGGCCAUUAGUUGUGUGCGUGUUAAAAGAUUCACGUUUUCAAGCGACAAUAUCCCUUACUGGCAUAGCUAGUAAUCGAUUUAUACGGUUUUUUUU